AUAGUCUACACAUAUAGCAACGACUAAUUACACAUUAAUCAUUGAGCAUAUAUCACUAAAUUAGGGGACUACACGCGCGGGCCAACAACUAGUAUGUAUAUCAGAACAACUCUAACUUUUGGGACACAAACUAGAUUACCGAUAAAAUAAAAUAAAACACGAUAAAAUAUAAAUAAAUUGAGUGGGACCAAUGUCACAUUGUCACACAAUAGUACACUACUAUAGUACUAUCACAUAAACACAAAAACAUUACAACCCUAAUCCACAAACUAAUUAUUGAAACUUACUCUCAUCCGUAGAAGUCAGACAUGUUUGCCAUUCUUUUGAUUCCUUCUCCUGUCAUUUCUUCUUCCACUUGCACUUUUUAAAACUUUAUUCAACCAGAACUCCUCUACCUUUAUCACGAGCUCUUCCUGAACCAACAACAAUGGCGGAAAAAAGGAAAUCUCAUAAAUCAUAAAGCUUCUAAUUUUGUCUCAACUCUUCCUCUUUAAGAAUCAAUUAAAGCUAUUUUCCCCACCAUUAUUCCCUUUCUCUCUCCUAUUGUCGGUGAUUGUUGAAACUUUCUGGAUCUCUCACAUUAUGUGUAUUUCUUUAAUGGCGUCGAAUUGUUGGGAUUAUCCUCCAUUUGGGUUGUAUUCGGUUUCGGUUUUCGAAUUGAGUUCGAUUUUCUCAUGAACAAUGUUUAGUUUAGCUGAAUUUCUUAUUUAGCCCAGAAUUUUGAUUUUAGGGUUAGAAAAUGGAGGAUAUUGGGUUGGUUCAGCAAGGUUGGAGAUGGGUGCAAUCUCAAAAGUAUGCAUGUUCAUUUGUUCGUACAACUGCUUGUUGUAUCAGAGAUAGGGUUUGGGUCGCCAUUGAUCGACAUUGGCCAAUGGUUUGUAAUGGUUGCAAGAAUUUCUGUAGGUUUGUGGUUUUAGUGUUGGUUUAUUGGAAGGAUAGCUUUUUAAGGGGUUUUCGAUCGUUGAUUGGGCUGCAAUCCGUGGCAUUGCUGGUCAUUAUGUGGAGUUGUUUUUUGAGCUUGACCUCCAUAUCUUGUUUGGUUUAUGUCUUGAUUAGUACGGCAGCUGCUGGAGUCGCUGUUCAGUACUUGGGCUACACACCUGGUCUUUUUAUUGUAGGGCUGUUUGCCAUUUUAAUUUUGUGGAUGUAUGCUAACUUCUGGAUUACAGGAAUAUUGUUCGUGGUAGGAGGUUACUUGUUUUCCCUAAAUCAUGCACGAUUGGUGGUCUUGAUGGCAAUGCUUUAUUCUGUUUACUGUGUGAAAGUACGAAUAGGAUUGGUUGGCUCUUUCCUUUCAGUUAACAUUGCAUUCCUAUCAAAUGAUGCAUUCAAUUAUUUGUUGCAAUGGUGUGAUACUCUGAACGAGAAUACACGCUAUGAGGAGCAUAAAGCAUCAGAAGAAUUUACAGAGGAUAAUUUUUCUGGAGAAUGUGAGUAUUCUAUUCCCUCUGAUGAAUCUGAAGAACAGCCCUCAUCUACUUCAGCUGGCAAAGCAUCCAGUAAAGCUGUAAAUAGAACAACUUCUAGUACUGCAACUGUCUUGAAAAAUCAGAAAGAAGCUUCUCCUAGUCAUGUGAUCAAAGAAGACAAAUGUUCAUUAACUGAAAUGAGAAGAAUUUUAAGCUGUAAUGACCAUUAUGAAGCAUUGGGAUUUCCUCGCCACAAGAAAAUUGAUGCUACUGUACUAAAAAAGGAAUAUAGGAAAAAGGCCAUGCUAGUGCAUCCCGAUAAAAAUAUGGGAAGUCCACAAGCAAGUGAGUCGUUUAAGAAGCUUCAGUGUGCUUAUGAGGUACUUUCGGAUUCUACUAAGAGAAGAGAUUAUGAUGAGCAAUUGAGGAAGGAGGAAUAUAAAAAUAUUUCCCAAAAGUCUCCUAGCACCUCAAAUCAGGAAUCACGUGAGUUUUUCACUGAGGAGUCAAGACGGAUACAAUGCACAAAAUGUGGCAAUUCACACAUAUGGGUUUGUACUAAUCGGUCUAAGGCCAAGGCACGAUGGUGUCAGGACUGCGGUCAGUAUCAUCAAGCUAAGGAUGGAGAUGGUUGGGUUGAAUACAAAGGAUCACUUGUCUUCAAUGUACCUCAAAAGAUGGAAAUUCCUCGUGCCUUUGUUUGUGCUGAAAGUAAGAUAUUUGAUGUUUCAGAAUGGGCUAUCUGUCAGGGAAUGGCUUGUAGACCCAAUACCCAUCGACCGAGUUUCCAUGUAAACAUGGUUGGUUUGGAGAAGACAACUCGUUCAAACUCGAGUAGAUUCCCAUGGGGUUUGGAUGCAGAAAUGAUGGAUGAAGAUGAAGAAGAGUUUGAUCUGUGGCUUCAACAGGCUCUGGCAUCUGGUCUUUUUUGUGAGACUUCAAAACGGCGAAAGACCUGGAGUCCAUUCAAAUUAAACCAAAAAAAGAAGCAAUGGCGAAGAUCAUCUUCAGGAUUGACUUGAAACGUGGAAUCAUAAUUUGAUUUCCGUUUAGAUAAUCCUGCUCGUUAAUUAAAGAAAUGAUUGAUUAUCAAAAUUGGGUAAUUGUCACAAGAUGGUGGCUGUUCCUUGACCUCUGCAACGUAUGAUUCGAAGAGGAUGACUUCGAUUGGGGGUAGCUGUACCGAGAAAGUGAAAUAUGAGUCCCAGUAUCAGUUUGACGUUCCCAAAUUGUAAAUAUGAAUGUAAAUGCAACUUUGUAUUUCUUAGCAAAUAUCAAUUUUGUUGCAUUUCGGGACAGUCCAUGAUAAACCCCUUGAGAGCAGUAUGUGGUACGCAAAUGCUAGGAUGUGCCCACUGUACAUUAUUAAAAUUGUAAAAGAUGAUGUACUGUUUGGUUGUAAUAAAUAAAAAAAGGAAAAAGAAAAAAAAACAUUUUUCAGCAAACAAGAGUAAAGAUUACUCCGCAGUCUCUGCUAAUUAAUUUCC